GCACGCGCCCGCUCACCGUGGCGACUGCAAACCGUGCGUGUGCCUUUGCGCGCGGUCCGCGGUGGUGGAUGUGAAUGUAGCAGGAGGGAGAGAGGUGAAGGGAAUGCGAUUCUGCCUGCUACACAUUUGGUGUUAUUUCGCUCGCUCGAUGGAGUGUGCCAGAAGGAUCCAGAAGGGGGAUCCUAGGUGCGCGAUGGUGACGGUGCCGUCCAAGAUGCUGAAUAAUGGUGUUGUGGUCGUGAAGUGCCCUCAAAGCCAGCAGCGGGCGAGACGGGCGGUGGGCAAGGUUAUAUGCAGCCAGCACAGGCUGGGUUCCGCGCACGGGAGAAGGCGACUGCCCUAGGCAAGCCACACCCUGCCAGCCCAGUCACCGCUAGCGACCCCCUGGACGCCCCCGAAUCGCAGUCCACCAGGUCCCUAAUCUACGGGACGACCAG